AUGGCUUUAGAUAUAGCAAAGCAAGCAGAAGGCAAAGGCAACUUCAUCACCCGCUUCACUGAAAAAUAUAAUCAAUGGGCCACGAAAGGCAACGCCGAAAGUCAAAGAAUACCCAAAACAGAGCAUCUUUCUGCAGGAACCUUGGAGAAGAGGGAAGAGCACGAUGAGGAGGAUCGAGUGGAAACCAAUUCGACACUUCCGGGUCAUGACCUUCACGGUUUUAAAAACGAGAUCAAGUCCUUGAAGAACUUCUUGCUGGAUCAGAAGGUCUACAAUGACUUCAAGAGUCUUGUGGUUGUAGGAGAGUAUGGUGUUGGGAAGACAGCAUUAUGCCAGACCAUCUUCAAUGAUGAAAAGGUGAAGAGUGUUUAUGCCCCAAGGAUUUGGGUUUCUAUGCAUAGCAAUGAAUUCGAGGAAGGCCUUGAUGGGAAGAUAUGUGUCUUGAAGAAGCUCUUGAAGGGUCUUGGUGUUGAAGCUCCGAUGCUCAAUACCAUCCAUAAAAAUGCAGUAGACGAAGCUAAAGACAAUCAAGAACUUGCUAACAAUCAGGUUGCUGGAGAAAUUGAUAGAGAGACGGCGGAAGAGAAGGAGCUCGCUGCUCUGCUCUAUGCACUUCACUUGAAUCUGAGGUGGAAGAAGUAUCUGAUUGUGUUUGAUGACGUGCGAGAAGAAGACAACUGGAACGAGAUGCUUCAAGAUGAUGAGGAGAAACUCAAGAAGGAUAAGAAAUGGGGAAAGUAUCUUUCGGAUGGAUUCCCUAAAGGGUCUGGUGGAAGAGUCAUAUACACAACCAGGGAUGAGAAAAAGAAUCUGGCGAAGAGGCUAGUCGCAGAGGAACAUGAGAUCCAUCGUCUUUGGCCGCUGUCUGAUACUGAGAGCGUCUGGGAUAUAUAUGAAGCAGCGCUCAAAGAUAAUAAGGAAAAAGAUCCUCCAAGGAACGACAAGAAAUGCAUAGAUGAGCUGAUGAACAAGUCUCGUGGUCUUCCUCUAGCUGUUAGACAGCUGGCCACUCUUCUUCCCGUGUUUCUCGACAAUGAAAAGACUGACGAGAAAGAUGCUUCUAACAAGGGACCAGAUGGAUCUAACAAGGGACCAGAUGGUGCUAACAAGGGACCAGACGGCUCAGCCGACAACGGCACUCCUGAAGAGAAUGGAACUACUCCACCUGCGCAGGCUUGA